AUUUGCAAAAACAGUUUGUUUUACCAUACAUAAAUUUAAGUUUGAAAUAAUAAUCUUUCAUUUUGUUCAAAGAAUUUAUUAUUUUAUAAUAUUAGAAAAUGAUUAAAUUAGUAUUGUAUAUUACUGGUGUCUUGUUGAGUUUAAUUGCUCAAUCACUAGCCAAUGGAUGUUUCUGUUGUGCACGCAAAAGAGAGAUUUGUGACGGGAUUGAUCCAAUUUAUAACCUAAAUGAUACAAUAAAAGAGGAUGUUUCAGAAAUAUCUAAUGAUAAUCCAGUAAAUAAUUCAGAAGAUUUGUCAUGUUAUUUUUGCCAACAAGAGACAAACUCAGUUACCUUAUCCCCCUGUGGUCACAAUAUAGGAAACUAUUGCGCAAAUAAAUUCUCAAGAGUUAAAUUUAAUUGUCCUUUUUGUAACAGAAAGAUAAAAAAUUAUGAUAACAUAGUUAAUUUGGAUGAUUGUGAAUUUGAUAAAGGAUCCAUGUUCCGAUUUCGUGCCCUUACUGAAAUAGAGUUUGGUCGUUUAAAGGAUAGUUUAAAGAAUGGUAUGACUGACGAAGAAUUCAUGGCACGUUUUUGGUAUCUUCGACGAUGCCAAGAACCUGAUAAACUACUGCUGUAUAACAUUCAAGAUCAUAUUAUAACUAAAAAAAAUCGUAAGCAUAUUGCAGAACUUAAGGCUAUGCUUUUAUCUUCAAAGUCAUCCAUAGCUUCAGAACUACAUUUGUAUCAAAAAACAUUUAAACAAGAAAUAACUGAAUUUGAAAAAACAACAUUGGAUAGAUUUUUUUAUCGAUUAAAUAUAUAUAAUAUAAAGUUCGAAUUUGAAAUACGAAAGAUAUACUUGAAUUGCUUAUAACGUUAUUAUUGAAUUAUGAAAUAAGUUUUUAUAAAAAAUACUGUUUAAAAACACUUUGAAAUUUAUACCUAUUUGCCAUACUAAUCUCAAU